AUGGAGGAACUGGAGAUCAAGCCGGGCGAAGAGUCCGCUACCAGUUCGGACCUCCCGCCAGGAGGACCAGUUGUGACUACCGUAGGAGGUGUAUGCACUGCAAAAGCAUCGCACUAGUACAAAUUGCAUUACAAAUAAUAAUAAAUUUCUCAAGAAGAAAAUUGCAAUUUGUCAUGCAGAUUCAAGUACGGAACCAGAUUUGUCUUGCAUGCUUGCAAUUUGUACGAUUGUGAUCCGUUUGCCGUGCAUAGGGUGUUGAUCAGGACGAUUUAGGUGGCGAGCAGUACACGGCGCAAGAAAAGCCGUCCUCGUCGUCCGAGGAUGUUAUUGCUCCUGGUGACAAUACAAGAACCGCCGUUCCUAAAACAGCAGCAGCUCCUGCUGCGCUCAUGAUCCAAAUCCCAUCUUCAUAUACAGCGGGAACUACUCGGAUGGAGGAACUGGAG